AUGAAACGUUCAGGACACCUCGGUAGUACAGAUCCACCAAAUUGUAUGCGAUCUGACCCUCAGAUUAGGCCGGUAUUUUCAGUGCAAGAUGAAGUUCAAAUCCCGGAUCAUCUAGAUAUCGGAGACCAACCGGCGAAACCACAAAUAUCAAAGGCCUUCAAGCAUACUCUGUUACUGCCGAGGAAUGAUCCCAGACCACUCAGAAGUCUGGACCACGCCGUAGGCUCUGGGUCAAUCCCCCUUGGGCAAACCCUUAGUGACGGGAACACUUGUGCGGCCGACAACGAAUUCCAAGGGCCUGCCUCUACUACAGCAUUCAUGCUAAGCAUUCGCCGCAUCAUAGAGGGUGGUCCUCCGGUUGAUGAUGUAUCGAUGGCGCAACGGAACUCAACGAGCUCUCACAACCCUGUCAAUGCUUCUCAUCAUCUACUACCGGUUCGCCAACUUGCGGAUACUUUGGUUGCUAACUACUGGGAAUUUGUGCAUCCGCUUUACCCAUUUCUGCAUGGACCAGACUUCGAUAUCAUUUAUGAUUGUUUGUGGACAGGUAAGGAGCACCCUACUACAGCCUGCACGGUAAUGAGAGUUGAUCCGACUACAUCUCUAUGUGUCUUGAACCUCAUUUUUGCCCUUGGAUGCCAGUACCACCGUGAUAUUGAUGCGGAAAUCCCGGCCACCUCGACCGAAAUAUUCUAUCAAAGGGCCCGCUCACUUUUUCGAGUAAACCCAAUCGAAUCAGGCCAAACCACGCUGCAGCUAGUGCAGGCAAUGUUGCUGAUGACGCAAGUUCUUGUGAGUACUGGUCACAAUCAGAAAGCCUGGGGAGUUAUCGGUAUGGCAGUCAGAAGUUGCUACCAGCUUGGCCUUCACCAUGUUGCAGGCUCUGCCACGAACAUCUUUCCGAAGCUCGAAGAUAGGGAGACGGCCAGAGUUGUGUACCAUGGCGCACUGACGCUUGAAAGGUAUGAGUAG